AUGAAUAAGUAGGGUAUUUCAAUAAUUCAAAACACUUUACUUAAAUUAAAAAAUCUUAGAUCAAUAAACCUAUAUUUAAGCAGUUCUAUUGAUAAUCUUAAUUUUAAUUUACAAUUGAGUAAACUUAUUUCGAAUGUCACCCAAAUUAAAAAGUUUGAUCUGUUAAUAGACUUUGACAAAAAGAAUCAACUAGCUUCUAAAGAAGGAGUUUUUUCCAUUUUUAAAUCUUUUAGUUAACUUACAAAUCUACAAAGUUUACGAUUUUCUAUGAAGAAUAUAUAUGUGAAUCCAAGUAUUUUAGAAGAAUCUUUUAACUUACUACCUCCUCUUUAAGAAUUAGCCUUUUAUGUAAAAUAUCCCUAGAUAGAUAAUGAAUAAACUAAAUGCAUUUGUUUUAAAAAACUGUUUCCUUGCUUUUUUUAGAAGACAAAUUCUAAUAUUUAACUGCAAUCAGUUAAUAUCUUUAAAAGCCUUAACUAGAUAGAAAAUUUGUCAUUCUCUCUUCAAGAUGUAAGUGAUGAAUAGCUAAUAGCAUUAGGCUUAGGACUAAAGAGUCUAAAAAGAGUAAAAUAUUUAUCUGUUUUUAUAAAUCCUUAAAGCUAAAUAUUCAAAAAAGAGUUUUAAUCUAAUUCAACUAAACUACUCUAUGACUUCUAUGAUUAAUAUAUAUUAUAAGGAAAAAUAGAAUCAGAAUUAGGUAUUUGCUGCUUUGCAUAGGGUUUAUCAGUUCUACGCUAGCUACAAACACUUAAACUUCAAAUUGAAUAAAUUAAAAUAAAAAAACAAGGAUUAGCUGCCUUAUCACAAUGCUUCUACAACUUAAAAAAUUUAAAUAAUUUGUAUAUUAAAUUAGGAAGUGACUUUAGUGGAUAAAGUAACUUUUUAACGAACGUAAUGUAAGGUUUAAAAAAUUUAAAUAACCUUAAAAUAUUACAAUUAGAAGUAGAAUCUUUUAUUUUUUCAACUUAAAAUACUGAGGGGUUAGCUAAAACCUUUGAAAAUAUGUUAAAUUUAGAGAUUAUUAGUUUAUCAUUUACUAAGAGUCCUUAUUAUUUGCAUGAAGACAAUUAAGUAAGUUGCUUAUCUGAUAUUUUUUUAAAGUUAUAGAACCUCACUUCAAUUAAAUUAAAAAUUGAGUAUCCUUAAUCAGCAUAAAUGAUAUCACAAUAGCUUGUAAACCAUAUUAAAAAUGCAAAAACUAUUUAUUUUGAAAUAAAAGAUACAAUGUCAAAUAAAAAUGACAUAAAAACUUUUAUAUAAAAUAUCAUUUAAAACUAACAGAUAAAUUAUUUAUUUUAUAAUCUUUAUUUUGAUGAUUUUUAGAAUACAUUUGAAAAGUAUUUUAAAAGGGAGUUCCAAAAAAAGCUUAAGUUUUUAAACCGGCUAGUUAAAUAUUCAUACAAAAAGUGA